AUGCUAGUUCCCAUGCAGCUCCAAUUUAACAUAGAACUAAAUAAUGAUGAUGAAUUGAUACAUAAAGCCCACGGUGCUGAUAAUGGCCGUAUUGCUGUUAAUAGGUUUCUUCUAUGGAUUCCAAAAUUAACUCCAAAAGACAGCAUGUAUGAUAAAUUCGUCAGCUCAUUUCUAAGAGAAACACAAUGGACAUACAUGAGGGAAUUGUACGAAGUUUCAGCGCCAACUCAAGCAAGUGGAUUUUUCCAAAUAUCUGCUAGUAUCGAUAAUGUCAAACGUAUUCUCAUUUACCUAAAAAAAUUCUUACAGAGAUAA